AUGGAUUUAGAAUUUAAGGAGGAAUUUCAGCCUGAAAUGAAGCAGGAAGAGGAGCAGCCAGAAACAUCAGCAUCAGCAGUACCAGGAGCAGCAACAACAGCAGCAGCAACACCACCAUCAGCGCCCGCAGAAAACACUGAAAAUCCCCACGAAACAAUCUACAUACGCAAUCUCAACGAGACUAUCAGACUAGCGACGUUGAAAGAAUCCCUGCGAAACCUCUACAGCAACAUCGGGGAGGUGGUGGAUGUGAUUGCUCACCGCAACAUCAGAAUGCGCGGGCAGGCUUUUGUAGCCUUUAACAGUGCACACGUAGCCAAACGGGCUGUUAACGACACCCAGAACCUCCCUCUCUACGGUCAGCCGAUGAAGGUGUCAUUCGCCCGUUCCACCGCAGACGCCGUCCUCCGUCGCCAGAAAAAAGCUGCCGAGUUGGAAGCGCAUUUGUCUAAUCGCAAAGCGGCGAAACCGCUCAAACGCAAGGAGAAUUACAUUCGUCUUAUGCAGCUUAACCGCGCAAAGGCACAGACAAAUACUGGUGAGGCAGGCGAGGGUGAUCCAAGUAAAUCCUCUCAAUCCCAUCAUCACACAAACGCACAGAAACACCAACAAAUGCCCGACGAGUACCUCCCUCCUAACACUAUCCUUUUCAUUCAGAACCUCCCACCUGGCACACCCAAGGAGAAACUUGAAGAGGUGUUCGGUAUGUAUCCUAACUUGGCUGAAGUGAGAGUUAUCCCCGCUAGACCUGAUAUCGCAUUCGUAGAGUAUCUCGAUGAAGCUAGCUCGGCUGUUGCGAAGGAUGCCCUCAACGAGUACCACGUGGAGGCAGAUAAACCGAUCAAGGUUACUUUUGCGAGGAAGUGA